AUGACGGGCACAACGACCGCUCCGCCGGGGCAGUCGCCCGACAAGCUCGAAAAGAAGGAAAGCAUGCGGCAAAACACCGACCUUGAGGCGACCGUCGACCGAGAUGAUCCCCUUGCUCUGCUCUCGAAAAUCGAAACCAAUUCGGACGCGCAUCCGAUUCGAUGGCCGCUCUGGAAAAAGUGGAUUAUCGUCUUCAUUUACUGCCUUCUCCAGGUCUUCGUUACCCUAACAUCGACGACGUACGUCUCGGUUGAAUUCUUGAUCAUGGAGAAGUGGACCAGCUCCACGCAGGUUGCCACGCUCGGCCAGAGUAUGUUCAUCGUCGGUACAGCCGUCGGGCCUGCAUUCCUUGGGCCUCUCUCCGACAUUGGGGGCAGGAAAUGGGUGUACGUGGGCUCGAUCCUCCUCUAUGCGAUCCUUAACAUCGGCACCGCUCUGGCCGACAACUUCCCAAUGCUGGUCAUCUUCUGCUUCCUGAUUGGAUGCGCGGGUUCGGUCGCCUUGUGUAACGUCGCCGGGACUAUCGCUGAUCUAUUUGGUGAUCACGACGGCGCGGCGCAGCCCAUGGCUCUUUUCGUCCUCUCGGCCAAUUUUGGACCUAGUCUGGGCUCUCCGAUUGGAGAGUGGAUUGCGGAAAACGAGAGCUUGGGAUGGCGCUGGAUCUUCUACAUCAAUAUCAUCAUUGGCGGCGCUUUCGCCUUUGGCCUAUGUUUCAUGCCGGAGACCCUGCCCCGGCUCGUCAUUGCUAGGGCAGUCCAGAGACGGGGUAGCGUCGAUCAGAACGCCCUGGAUAUCGCGCUGGGAUCAAGCAAACUGUCCGCUAUACGGGAGAUGAAGUUUGUUGCGACGAUGGCGCUGAGGAUCAUGUUCACCGAGCCCAUCGUCAUCUCGCUCGGCCUAUACAACGGGUUUGCCUAUGGCCUGCUAUUCCUCUACCUCGAUGGCGUCUUCGACGUGUUUGUCUUCGACAACGGUCUCAGUUAUAUUGGGGCUUCGUUGACCUAUCUUAAUUUCUGUGUUGGUGUCACUGUGACGUUCAUUUUCGUGCCCGUCCAGACCUACCUCUUCCGAAGAGACAGGUUGAAGCACGGCCGCCACAGGCCCGAAGCUCGAUUCCUCACAUCUUUGGUGUGUGUUUGGCUGUUCCCAGUCAGCCUGUUCUGGUUUGCUUGGACGUGUGAUGGCUCUGUAUCAUACUGGUCUCCAAUCGUGGCGGGCGCCGUGCUCGGCUUCUGUGACCCGCUUCUUUGGUUGGCCAUGCUCAACUACAUUACGGAUUCGUACCCGAACGUGGCCGCCAGCGCCAUUGCGGCUUUCCUGAUCCCGAGUUUUUUGAUCGCUGCAGGUUGCGCACACGCCGGUGUUGCCAUGUUUGCAAACAUGAACAUCAGGUGGGCGUUCUCGACGCUGGGGUUCAUCUCCUUUGGGUUGGUGGCGUUGGUGUAUGUUCUCUUCUUCUUUGGGCCGACGUUGAGAAAGUGGAGUCCAUUGGCCAAAACGUUUUGA